GCGGAACACAGCAUUCAGGCUUCCCUCGGGUGAUCCCGCCCCUCUCAAUUCCCCAGCCAAUCAUCAACGUUAGUCUCAUCAGCCGCUCUCGCCGCUUUUCCCCGCAGCAGGCUACUGCGGUGAUAUAGGCCGCUGGCCAGAUGUGGAAGGGCAAAGUGGGGGCCUUGCUACGGGUGUGGGGGUUAAGGCCGACAGGGAUCCCCGGAAGGACAAGGCUAAGCUACGAUGCUGCAUUGCAGGCAGGAAACAAUUCACCCGGGUGUUGGAACUGUGGCAGCGCUGGGGGCCCUGGACAAGGGGACAGGUUCUUCUGCCCGCAGUGCCGCGCCCUGCAGCCACCUGACCCCAGUCGAGAUUACUUCAGCCUCAUGGAUUGCAACCGUUCCUUCAGAGUUGACACCACAAAACUUCAGCACAGGUAUCAGCAACUACAGCGUCUUGUCCAUCCAGAUUUCUUCAGCCAGAGGUCCCAGACUGAAAAGGACUUCUCAGAGAAGCAUUCGACCCUGGUGAAUGAUGCCUAUAAGACCCUUCUGGCCCCCCUGAGCAGGGGACUGUACCUUCUAAAGCUCCAUGGAGUACAGAUUUCUGAAGGAACAGAUGAUGAAAUGGACCGGCAGUUCCUCAUGGAAAUAAUGGAGAUCAAUGAAAAACUUGCAGAAGCUCAAAAUGAAGCUGCCAUGAAGGAGAUUGAAUCCAUUGUCAGAGGUACCUGCUAAGGCCCAGGUAAAGAGACUGUUCAAAGGCUUAGAGCUAGUUACUUUGGGGGUCAGGAUUUCAGAGUCUCCAGAUUCCUACUCCAGUGUUCUUUGUCUACACCAAGUUGCUACUCAAGAGGUGAGUUUCAAACACUGGACUAGGAAUCAAGUAACUAGGAUUCUGUUCCCAGACCUUCCAUUCAACCAUGUGACCAUGAGAUAAUUCCCCCAAUACCAGUCCUUGCCUACCUUGGUGGGAUAUAAUGUAUUUAAAACUGCUCUGAGGCCGAGCAGGGUGGCUCAUGCCUGUAAUCCUAGCACUCUUGGGAGGCUGGGGCAGGUGGAUUGCUUGAGUUCACGAAUUCAAGAGCAGCCUGAAAAAAAGCAAGACCCCCAUCUCUACUAAAAAUAGAAAAAACUGAGGCAAGAGGAUCCCUUGAGCCCAAGAGUUGGAGGUUACUGUGAGCUACGAUGAUGCCAUGGCAUACUACCCAGGCCAACAGCUUGACUCUGUCUCAAAAAAAAAAUUAAUUAGGGCGGCACCUGUGGCUCAAAGGGGUAAGGCACUGGCCCCAUGUGCCAGAGGUGGCAGGUUCAAACCCAGCCCUGGCCAAAAACCACAAAAAAAAAAAAAAAAAAAAAAAAAUUAAUUAAAAAAUAAAAGCAGCUGGGCACCCAUAGCACAGUGGUUAUGGUGCCAGCCAUAUACUCUGAGACUGGUGGGUUUGAACCCAGACUGGGCCAGCUAAACAACAAUGACAACUGCAACAAAAAAUAGCUGGGCAUCGUUGCAGACAGCUGUAGUCCCAGCUACUUGGGAGACCAAGGCAAGACAAUCCUUGAGCCCAGGAGUUUGAGGUUGCUGUGAGCUGUGACACCAUGGCACUCUACUGAGGGCAACAUAGUGAGAUUCUAUCUCAAAAAAAUAAAUGAAUAAAUAAAUUAAAGUGCUUUCAAAGAAGAAACCAUAUGACUGAAACUGAAUAUUUAUAUCUGAAACAUACACUUAUGUAAAACUUCUCAUUUUUUUUUCUUUAGACAGAGUCUUACUGUGUCACCCUUGGUAGAGUGCUGUGGCAUCACAGCUCACAGCAACCUCAAACUCUUGGGCUUAAGCGAUUCUCUUGCCUCAGCCUUCCAAGUAGAUGGGACUAUAGGUGCCUGCCAUAACACCCGGCUAUUUUGUUGCUGUUGUUGUGGUGGUUGUCAUUGUUGUUUCAGCUGGCCCAGGCCAGGUUCAAACCCACCAGCCUCAAUGUAUGUGGCCAGCGCCCUACCCACUGAGCCAUGGGCACCACCAAAACUCCUCACUUUUUAACAAAGAAACAACAGAAAUAUGGUUUCUCUUUUAUUUAUUUGGGAUCAUCUCUCUUAUGAUGACAUAAUAUGAUAUAAAUAAUUUCAUUUUCCUAGGAGGCUAUACAUAUAGUUUGCAAGUAGUCGCCUAAAACAUUCAAUAGGCUCAGCGCUUGUAGCUCAAGAGGCUAAGGCACCAGCCAUAUACACAAGAGCUGGUGGGUUCGAAUCUAGCCUGGGCCUACCAAACCAUUGACAACCACAACCAAAAAACAGCCAGGCGUUGUUGCUGGCGCCUGUAGUUCCAGCUACUUGGGAAGCUGAGGCAAGAAAAUCACUUAAGGCCAGGAGUUUGAGGUUGCUGUGAGCUGUGACAUCACGUCACUCCACCCAGAGCAACAGUUUGAGGCUCUGUCUCAAAAUAAUAAAUAAAUAAAUAAAACAUUGAAUAAUGCAUUGCUUAUAGGUGAUCCCAGCAUGAUAAUUUUCUCCUUGCUAAAAUUUGGAAGGUUCAGACUGCUUCAUGAAGGUAAUGAAGGCAUAUCCUUGUUCUUUUUUUUUUUUUUUGGCCUGGGCUAGGUUUGAACCCGCCACCUCCGGCAUAUGGGACCAGCGCCCUACUCCUUGAGCUACAGGCGCCACCCUGUUCUUUUUCUUUUAAUGAUUCUGUAGCUAUUUUAUAACCUUUAAUGAUUGCCCCUCAAAUCCUUCAUGGGUAGAAAAACAGAGCAUAACUAUGGCCAACCAGUGCAGCAGUACACAGCAGCAAGAAUCAUGGUACAUGUAAUAACAGAGGUUAUGAAGCCUUAUCCUUGGUUCCAAGCUUGUUUCUUUUUUGUGCUCAAACCAGCAUGAUUACAAUGUAUUAUCUUCAUGGUAUAAGUCUAUUUAAAUGA